ACAGGCUGGGGGUACGGGACUAGCGGUGGUUCCUAUCGCCGUUGUGGGCCCCUCGUCCCGCUGUCUGAACUGUGGUAUCGGGGAUGGUGAGCUGAAGGCUCGGCUUAGGGGCAUGAGGCGAGCGAUGGAAGCAGAUACAGCAAUAUUUUCAAUAUAAUAAAAGUGGAGACUUGAAAGUGACCUACAGCUAUGCAGACUAUUAAAUGUGUUGUAGUUGGUGAUGGUGCUGUUGGUAAAACAUGUCUCUUAAUCUCUUACACAACAAACAAAUUUCCAUCAGAAUAUGUUCCUACGGUAUUUGAUAACUAUGCUGUGACGGUUAUGAUUGGAGGUGAACCAUAUACCUUAGGACUGUUUGACACUGCAGGUCAGGAAGAUUAUGACCGAUUACGACCACUGAGUUAUCCACAGACCGAUGUUUUCCUCGUGUGCUUUUCUGUUGUGUCACCAUCAUCAUUUGAAAACGUUAAAGAAAAGUGGGUACCUGAGAUAACUCAUCAUUGUCCAAAGACUCCAUUCUUGCUGGUUGGGACUCAAAUUGAUCUAAGGGAUGAUUCCUCGACCAUUGAAAAACUCGCAAAGAACAAACAGAAGCCCAUCAUCCUGGAUAAUGCUGAAAAGUUGGCCAAGGACCUGAAAGCAGUGAAAUAUGUGGAGUGUUCUGCCUUGACACAAAAAGGACUAAAGAAUGUAUUUGACGAAGCAAUAUUGGCAGCCCUGGAGCCACCAGAACCUAAGAAGAAACGGCGUCCCUGUUCACUGUUAUGAGCAGUGUCUGCAGGCUGACAUUGAAGCAUUUGUUUUUUUAAAAAAAAAAUUAAAUCAUCCUGCAAUAACACCCUGCACACAACCAGGAGGGCGAUGAUGGGAGGAAUAGAAUAGCCAAUGGUAAAUUUGUCCCCCCUUCUAAUGUAACAUUUAAGUAGACAUAAUGAAUUUCCUGUUCAAUUUAUUUUCCACUGGAUAUUUGUCCAUAACUAGAUUUUAAUCUGCUGUUAAAAUUCUUUGCCACAGGCACAAAACUUGCACAGUAUUGCUUCUGUUUAAUGAACUAAUGGCUUUUUGUAAGAUAUUGCCACACUCCCAAAUGCUACAUCCAUCAACCUAGCAUCUCUGGUUCACAUUGUAUCACAAUCUAAAUUUAGUCUUGUCACGUGGCUUUAAGAAUUGCAAUUGGAUCCCUUAAUGGGGACUGUUUUUGGCUAAAUUCUGAUAUUUGCCACUUGCAAUAAGUUCUGUUACUGUUUUCCAUUAGUAAUCUAAUUUUUAAAAGGCCUAAACUACAUCAAUGACACUUCAAGGAAGGGUAUGAAAAUGUAACAGAUGCUGAUGUUGGCACACGAAAUUCUGAGCACCAGCUGGGUAUUGGAUCUGAAGGUGAUGUUGGUCAAUGAUUGGGCUGUUAAGAUGCUCAUUAUGGGUUUCAAGAUGCUGAUGAUGGUUUAUUGCACUUGGGAGUGAUGUAGGAGAUACUUAUACACGUGCAGACUGGAUUCCUGUGGGGAAUGCUAAGGAUCUCGUAGAGUUCAGUGUUAAAAUCUGACCAAAAUUUUGAUUUACCAUUUUUGAAUUGUGUUUCAUUAUCCUGGUAACUUUGGUUUAUAAUGAGCUUUUAUUUCAUGUUGAGUUCUUUGUAUAUGCUUUUUCAAAAUAUUAAACUUGUACCUUUAAUUGUC